AUGGACCAGAUGAUGGGGGAUGGCGGCCGAUUCCCGCUCGAGGCAUGGUUCUGGGAGAUGCCCAUAGUCACCCGCUGGUGGACAACCGCAACUGUCCUGACGAGCGCCCUCGUGCAGUGCCAGAUGGUGACCCCCUUCCAGCUCUUCUACAGCGUCCGCACAGUGUUUGGCAAGGGCGAGUACUGGCGCCUCCUGACGACGUUCCUCUACUUCGGUCCAUUCACACUCGACCUGCUCUUUCACGUCUACUUCCUCCAACGAUACGCCCGCCUGCUCGAAGAGUCCUCGGGCCGAUCGCCGGCUCACUUCUCAUGGCUGCUCAUGUACGCCAUGGCGUCGCUUAUCCUUAUGUCACCGCUCGUCUCGAUGCCUUUCCUUGGGCACCCACUGUCCUCCACGUUGGUCUACAUCUGGUCGCGUCGCAACCCCAACACGCAGCUGAGCUUCCUCGGCUUGCUGGUGUUCACGGCGCCGUACCUGCCGUGGGUCCUGAUGGGCUUCAGCCUCGUUAUGCAUGGAACUGUGCCUAAGGACGAGAUCAUGGGCGUUGUUAUUGGCCACGUAUGGUAUUUUUUUAAUGACGUCUACCCUCCCAUGCACAAUGGUUCGAGACCGCUGGACCCGCCAGCCUUCUGGCGUCGGCUAUUUGAGCGAAGGAGGAGAGAGGAGACUGCCGACAACGUCAACAACGACUUUGCCGUUGCAGGCGCGGGGCCACCCGAAGUCCGGUAA